CAAUGAUGAGCACGCACGAUACCUUCCAUACACCACAAGCCGAUGAACUUUCCCAAAGUCUUCAUCACUUUUUGAUCUUCUGACCUGUUCAUGAUGAGUGGACGCUUGAUCGAAAUGAACGCAUCUCCUUGGCUAUGGAUUGAGACUACUUGGGUCAUCAUAUUCUCUGCUUUGGAUCUUGCAUUGCGUAUCAUUGUGCGAAGCCACGAGUAUGGACUCGAAGAUACACUUCUCGUUCUUGCGUUUAGAUUUGCAAUGGCCUCGUUCGGAUGCAUAUAUCAGGCGUUGUACGAUGGGCUCGGAAUAUCACCACAGAGCUUAUUAGAAGCACGUACACUUCGUAUCGCGAAGCUGGUCAUCAACAGCUCUGUCUUGUGCUUCAUUGCAGAGAGCCUCUCGAAGCUGUCGACAGCAGCAAUGUUAUACAAGAUCAUCUGCAGAGAUCCGUAUCUCGCCAACACGCCUCACCUUGUCGUAUAUAGCCAAGGUAAGACUGGACUGGAAGCAAUCCUGGUUAUCAGCAUCUUGAUCGAGUCGUUCAUUUUUCUGUUAUCAUCAUAUUUGUUUGGUCGAUUGAAUAUGAAGGUUCAAAACGAGCUUACAGUAGUCACUAUCUUUGGCAUGAGAUUACCUCUUGUCCUGAUCUCGGCCUACUUCCUCGUGGCCUCCAAACGCUAUACCACUCAGAACAACCCCUCCGAUAUCAUUUAUGGAACCGCUUUAUACUGGCAAAUCGCUCUGGUUGGACAUAGCGUUCUUGCGACGGCUAUUCAACCCCUGAAGCGUGCUGCGACCAGCUUCAGCACGCAUUCGAAUAUGCUAGUGGGUAACACCUCUCAAGGUUCUAUGUCUGGAAAAUCUUCCAAACUACGCUCCUCCAACAAAACACGAAGAUCGCUUCUGUUGACAGAGACCCCUCCUACACCGCUCUCGAUAAUCUGGUCAAGCGCUCAAGCAGGAGAUCGAUUACAAGACUCCGAUUCCAUAGAGAGCCACCCCCUCAGGAUCAUAUCAUUGUGAAAAAGACGGAUGUCCAAGUCACAUACAGCGAUGAUGGAAGGUACUGAAAAUAAGAGUCGGCAUGCUGAAAGGUACCCGCUGGAUAAAGGCAAGACUUCGAACAUG